AUGUAUUUAGUGGAACGUUUGUCGCGAGAUUUGUCGAGACAACGGAUAACACAAGUCACGGUAAGAUAACACUUAUGAAAAGUUUUUAAGUAAGGAAAGCUUACACAAAAGUAUCGUCUAAAUUUAGGUAGCUGUGGAUGCCAUGGAUCAGUUGUUAAAGAGUUGUCACAGCUCUCCAUCUUUGAAUCAGUUUAUCGAGAGUUACUUGAAGAUGGUGCAGAAACUACUGGAGACCAACGAUCCGGAUAUGGAGGUAAGUUUGUGAUAUUUAAAAUGUAUUUUUUGUUUAGAAAUUGGCAACGAAUUUGUUUGUUCGAUUUUCUACGAUUGAAGAGAAUUCUCCAUCUUAUCACAGAGAGUACGACUUUUUUAUAUCUAAAUUCUCAGCGAUGUGCCAUGCCAGUAGAGGAGAUCAGUUGAAGCAACAAAGAUAUAACGGUUUGAGAGGUCUAAGAGGUAGGUGGUUGUGUUUUAGCUGUUUAGCUACCAGUUUUAAGCAAUAUUGUUAUCAAUAUUUGCUGUUUCAUGAUUGGAAAAUCAUUAACAACUAUAUUUUAACUAAUAAAUGACUGAAAGUUUAGGUGUGAUUUGGAAGUCAGUAGCUGAUGAGUUGCAGACCAGUAUAUGGGAAAAGCAACAUCUUACCAAGGUGAUCCCGUCAAUCUUGUUCAACAUGCAAGAAGGUGAAGAUAAUAUUGAGGAUUGCCCCGAACAAGUGGAAUAUCCAUAUCCAGACGAAGAAGCUGUUAACGAAGAACCUCAUCUUCUGGCACUACAGUGUCUUCGUGAGUUGUUUGGAAAGUGCAACUUCAGUAUGAUGAAGUAAGUAAUUUAGGCUUUUAGCCGAUAAUAUAUGCAUUUUCAUAUGGUGUAUGUUGUGUUAUGUAUAUUUACUAUGUGGCACAAAUAUGUAAAAGUUUUUGUUAUGAACUUAUAAGGUUGUAAAAUAUUUCUAGGACAGUGUUAGAUCCUAUAUUAAAACAUUGUGACCUGCAUCGGAAAUGGGAGCCACCAGCUUUGUUUGCCACUCACGUCUUUAAGGCCAUAUUGUACAGUAUCCAAAGCUCAAAUUCUUUUGCUGUGCUACAGGUAAGUGAUAUUAUUCGAUGAUUAUUAUCAAUAAAAGUUGUGAAAUACAAAAUUUAUUAUGAAAUAUUGGAUUCUCAUGUAGUAUUAUAUUAAAUUUGUAAAAAUAAAUGGCUGGAGGAUAAUAUAUAAAACAUUUUAGGAAUUGAUAUAUCAUUUGGAAAACACGCCGAAUGCCGAAGUCUAUGUACGAAUUGGCAUAACGACAGUCUUGUCUAAUAUCGUGACUAUAGCUGUGGCCACAAUAGGACCAUUAUUGUUGUCAAUCUUCAAUUCCUUACUAAAACAACUCCGUGCUUCUGUAGAAUAUGAAAACUCUGUAGAACGCUCGAAUCUGUCGGCCGAAAGUCAAUUCCAAGACGCUUUGAUCAACACUAUGGGCGUGUUUGCCAGUACACUGCCAGACUAUCAGAAGGUAGAGAUUAUGAUGUUUACUGUGGGCAACAUACCUACCAUUCAACAUGAAGAUCGACCACUAAAGGCUUGUGACGCGUUCGUACAGAAAGUUUUGAUGAAAACUUUGUUGAAGGUGAGAUAUUGAACCUUGCUUCAUAUUUUUAUUGUGUCCUCCUAAGUGUAAUAGCGUAUUUUACCUGUUUAGAUUGCUACAAAAUACCGAACUUUCUACUUGUCUACCGUAUUCAGUGAUUCUUUCCUACAAACUUUGUUACAACUCUCUGUUACUCAGAAUCCAGAAGUCAGAGUUAUUUCUCAAAAGAUAUUACACACAUUGUUUGAUAGGUUUGUUUUUUACAAAUUUAUUUUUAAAAGUAUUGGUUUUAGGGACAGUUUUCUUUAAAUUUACAGUUUUAAAGAAUUACAUUAUAAUAUGUUAUGUCUACUUUCAGACACAGUAAUCUACCAAAGUUGGAGCACCUACAGUACGUGGAGGAUGUCUCUGACUUACAGUUGUCAAUCGAAAAAUGUGUGCGACAAGAUCAGCUAUUUAUGGGCAAGAAUAUACACGUUAUCCUGUCAACAUUGUUCAAGUAAGACAUAAAUUUUAAAAAUCAUAAGAUCACUAGUUGAAUUUUAAAAUUGUAUAAACAUAUUCUUUAAUUAUAAAUAUAAUGUGAUUAAUUUCAGUUUUGCGAGGAUGUCAGAAACCGGUGAACAUCUACAAAGACACCUUGACACUUUAUUAUGCACGAUGUGUUUGAUAUGUGUGGAAAUUGGGCAUGAUAUGGAAGUGAUUGAGCUGUUCCGAUUGUGUUUUGGUCUGCAACACCUCGCUUUGGAUCCAGAAGAAUCGUUUUCCAUCAAGAAAAGGGCAGGACUGCACAAUGUUGUAGCUAAAUAUAUGAAUUUAAGUUCUCAGCUACUGGCGAUUCCCAUGCUAUGUCAACAUGUUCAUGGAGUUAUUCAGCAAAGAGCUCAAAAAGGUCAUAACUUGCUGAAUAUCUUGAAUGAUAAGCUUGUCAGUGAUCCAUUGGACGUGGCCAACUCUACUCCAAAGGCUCCUAUAGCUCAGAUGGAUUCAGAAGACGACUACACUGCUCGGCCGCUGGGUUUAGAGAAUGAUUCAAGCCUAUUGUUCCAUGUUAAUGAUGUCGCUGAAGCUUUGAAAGUGAGGAUAAUUGUUGCUAUAUGGUUCAAAAGUAUUUUAAAUGUUAUUACUAACGUUUAUCUGCCUCAUAUUUAAUAUGAUGUAUUGUGUUAAUCAUGCUUUUUUAUUGUCUAUGCUUGUUACAUAACUAUGACACAUUUUAGUCGUCGAACAAAAACGUGGACAUGCUGUUCAAUCCGUUCGAAGUGAACAAGAAAGAUGGAGAAUCACACAGAGGACACAAGAAGCGGUCGACGGAAGAACACAAGGAUUCAGAAAGGGUAUUGGAAAGAACGAUGACAAUCGAGAAUGAGGAAGAUGACAGAAGUUUGUCGCUGGACAGUUUUGAUUGGACACCUCCAGACACCGAUGAUGACAAACCUGAUAACUUGAGUUGGUGCCAGAGUGAGUGAUUUGUAUCGUUAUACAUAGUAUAAUACUAAUGGUUUGUAAAUCGAUUGUUUUAUAUUAUAAUUGAUAAUUUUCGUCAUUUCAGAAUUGUAUGAUGAACAAGAAGAUGUAACACUAGAUCAGCUGCGGAACAUUGUCAACUGUGAGCCGGAUUGCUCCGAAGAGACCAAGAAGGACCAAGAAAAGAGCCGCGACAUAUUAUCCAUGUUCAGGAACAAAAAUGCUCAGGAGUUGAGUGAUGUGUUGUACAAGGCGAAGGAAAGCGACGACAACACUAACUCUCUGAUCAAGGAUUUAAUGAAGGAACACGUCGAAUGGCUGAACUCCCACGAAUCUGCCAGAGCCAACCUGAUUCAGAGCAUCGACGACAUCGAGUUCCCCAAGAGUUUCGUUAACUAA